UCUUAAAGAAAAACAAAAACAUUAUGAAUACUUUUGUUGCAAUGGUGGAUCAAUCAAAGCCAUUUCUGGCGGUAAUAUUUCUGCAGUUUGGGUUGUCAGGGAUGUCUUUAAUUACAAAGUUCGCUUUGGACCAAGGCAUGAAUCAGCAUGUUCUGGUCGUCUACAGGCAUGCCAUUGCCACUCUUGUCAUUGCUCCCUUUGCCAUUGUUUUGGAUAGGAAGAUUAGGCCAAAAUUGAGCCUGUCUAUAUUCAUUAAGAUACUGAUUCUAGGCUUACUGGAGCCAACAAUUGACCAAAACUUAUACUACACUGGCAUGAAGUAUACCACAGCAACCUUCACAUCCGCCAUGUCCAAUGUUCUUCCUGCAUUUGCAUUUUUGCUUGCCUUGAUCUUCAAGCUUGAGAAGGUUAAUAUAAGAAGAUUACAUAGCCAGGCAAAGAUAUUAGGCACGAUUGUGACAGUUGGGGGUGCAAUGUUGAUGACAUUGAUUAAUGGACCGAUGUUGCAGUUGCCGUGGACCAAAUCAAAUAGCUUACUUGAGCAUUCAACUGCAUCGUCACUGGAGCAAGAUCCGAUUAAAGGUGCUCUCAUGAUCACUGUUGGCUGUUUUUGCUGGGCCGGUUUCAUCAUUUUACAGGCGAUUACUCUAAAAUCAUACCCUGCUGAGCUCUCCCUAACAGCGUUAAUCUGCUUGGCGGGCACCAUUGAAGGAAGCAUCGUAGCAGUGGCAAUGGAAGCAGGCAAUGCUGCGGUCUGGUCUGUUCAUUUGGAUGUUAAACUCUUAGCUGCAGUUUACGCUGGAGUAGUCUGUUCCGGAGUAGGUUAUUAUGUUCAAGGAGUAAUAAUGAAAACCAGAGGACCUGUUUUUGUCACUGCAUUUAACCCUCUAAGCAUGGUUAUUGUUGCAAUUUUGAGCUCCUUUAUCUUGUCUGAGGUGCUAUACUUAGGAAGGGUACUUGGAGCGGUUGUAAUUGUUGCUGGCCUCUAUCUAGUUUUGUGGGGUAAGAGCAAGGAUAAACAAUCAUCAACGGAUGCAGCAAAUGAUGUGAAAAUGGUUGUCAUGAAUGACCAUAUCACAACUAUGGUUUCAGAUCAAGAUUUUGUCGUCCUAGAUUUAAACCACUGCAAGGCGACAACAACCAUUGAAACUGUUUGAAAACCACAACAAAUAUCUUCUAUUUAAGGGUCAUAGUUGUGUUCCCCCCCCCCCCACCACCACCACCACAUGGAUUGAGCUAAUGUGCACAAAUAAGCCGCUUGACGAUCAUUCAGAUUCUUCGUUUUGUAUCC